AUGAUCUCAUGGACGAUGCAAUCUGGUGACCCAUCAGUGUUCUCUAUUGAGCUAGUGCUCAUCAACCAAUCCUUCCACAGCCAGUAUGCUAUCACCAGAUCUCUCAGCCUCACUCUUCCUCAGAUCUCUGCUCAGCACUUAGUGCAUUUAGAUCUUUUUGUUGGUUGGUUUCUCAUGCUAAUGGAUUGCUUGUUCUGCAGGGAUGGCUACACAACUGAACUCAUGAAUAUCUCCAACAUCAAUGACAUCUAUGCUCAAACCAGCACUUUCUCCAUCUCAGAACCAGUCAGCUCAUCAGCCUCCACAUUGUCAACAGGCUCUGCCAGUGAGAGCAGUAGUGCCAGUGCCAGUGUCAGUGCCAGUGUCAGUGCCAGUGGAUUAGCCUCAGUUUCCAGCUCCGCAUCAGGCUCUGUCUCUCCCACUGCAUCUGGGUUCAUCUCCCAUGCAAGCUCAGCCUCUGCCUCAGCAUCAGGCUCCUCCACCUAUGCGUUCUCCACCUCCCCCUCCACCUCUUCAGCCACUGCUACUGCUUCCACCUCUGCAUUCAAUGCUGCCUUGCAUGUGCAGAUUGGAGGUGCUGGUGUCUUCACUGCUGUCUUGGCAUGGGUCAUCGCUCUCUAA